GAGGUGCGCGCCAGCGCGCUCCCGAGGCAGCCAGACUCCGUCAGUCAGUCAGUCAGUCAGACCGCCAAGCCACUCAGAAGGGAUUCCUGGCUGAGUUCCAGGUCGGCGCACUAAUACAAGCUGCUAGGCUCCCGCCUGACUGACGCCUCGCUCGCUCGCUCGAUCCCUGGCUGGCUGGCUGGCUGGCUGCUGGCUGCUGCUGCUGCUCUCGCUCUGGCCUCUGCCGCCGCCGAGUUCCUGCAGCCGCGUCCCUUCGCACGUUAGAAGGAGGGGGAAGUGUGAGCCACUCGCUCCAAAGAAGUUGGCGCAAUCCUGGGAAGGCGACGGCUGGGCAUCCGGCGGGAAGGGCAGGCGGCUGAGGCGUUCAACCUACGGGCAGAAUUGUUCUCUACUUGAAGAUACUGGGAUUAAAUAUAUCCAGCAAACCCAGAGUAUGUGGAGAAAAGGCUGAUUUUGAAGGAGUAUCUCUUCAAGUAGUGAGAUUCUUCAUUAAAGAAAAAGAAGUUGAAUAAUUGAAAUUAUACCAGUAUUCUCGGAUUCUUAUGCACUCCAGCACCCCUAUAAGUUCUCUGUUCUCCUUCACCAGCCCAGCUGUAAAGAGGCUAUUGGGCUGGAAGCAAGGAGAUGAAGAGGAAAAGUGGGCAGAAAAAGCUGUUGACUCCUUGGUAAAGAAGCUGAAGAAAAAAAAAGGUGCCAUGGAGGAACUGGAGAGGGCACUUAGCUGUCCUGGGCAGCCCAGUAAAUGUGUGACAAUCCCACGCUCUUUGGAUGGAAGGCUGCAAGUAUCUCAUCGCAAAGGUUUGCCACAUGUCAUUUACUGCAGAGUGUGGCGCUGGCCUGAUCUACAGUCUCAUCAUGAAUUAAAACCUCUGGAAUGCUGUGAAUUCCCAUUUGGCUCAAAGCAGAAAGAUGUCUGCAUUAAUCCUUACCAUUAUCGAAGAGUGGAAACCCCAGUGUUACCUCCAGUGUUGGUUCCAAGACAUAGUGAAUUCAAUCCACAUCUUAGCCUCCUUGCCAAAUUCCGGAACACGUCUCUUCACAGUGAGCCACUGAUGCCUCAUAAUGCAACUUACCCUGAUUCUUUUCAGCAGCCUCCUUGCACCCCUUUCCCAGCAUCCCCCAAUAUGUACUCUCAGUCACCAAGCAGUAUGAGCUACCCAGAUUCCCCAGGAAAUUCUUCUGCACCAGGAAGCCCUUAUGAGCUCAUAGCGGAUACACCUCCUCCACCUUAUAAUGCCAGAGAAACAUCACGAAGCCACAAUGGAUGUCCUGUACAUGCAGUUAUAGAGAGUCCAUUAGUGCUGUCACUGCCCAAUGGAGACUUCCGCCCUGUUUGCUAUGAGGAACCACAGCACUGGUGUUCAGUUGCAUACUAUGAACUGAAUAACAGAGUCGGGGAGACUUUUCAGGCCUCUUCUCGAAGUAUACUAAUAGAUGGCUUUACAGAUCCUUCAAACAAUAAGAACAGAUUCUGCCUUGGAUUGCUAUCUAACGUUAACAGGAACUCUACUAUAGAAAACACCAGAAGGCACAUAGGGAAAGGUGUUCAUCUGUAUUAUGUUGGAGGAGAGGUAUAUGCAGAGUGUGUGAGCGACAGCAGCAUUUUUGUACAGAGCCGCAACUGUAACUAUCAGCAUGGUUUCCACCCAGCCACUGUCUGCAAAAUCCCCAGUGGAUGCAGCUUGAAGAUUUUCAACAACCAACUCUUCGCUCAGUUGCUUGCCCAGUCAGUUAACCAUGGCUUCGAGGUGGUGUAUGAGCUAACCAAGAUGUGCACCAUCCGGAUGAGCUUUGUGAAAGGCUGGGGAGCAGAAUACCAUCGCCAGGAUGUUACAAGUACUCCAUGUUGGAUUGAGAUCCAUCUUCAUGGACCUUUGCAGUGGCUAGAUAAGGUGCUGACACAAAUGGGUUCCCCACAUAAUCCAAUAUCCUCUGUUUCGUAAGAAUCCUCUUCACACACACAUUAGGGGACAAAUACUGCUUCUGGCCUUGGCUUGUAGAAUUCUCCCUUCAAUUUCUGUAUAUAGCUGUAAAUAUGAUUGUAGAUAUAUAUAACACACUAUUACUGUUUUUCAUGCUGUAUUACAUGUUUUAUUAGUUAAUAAGAUUGCAAAAAGUGCAGUACUUUGUCAAUGUAUUCUGUCUAUUAAUGAAGCCAUAGAAAUAUGCCUAGCUGCCUAUUUUUUCGUAUGGAAUGAGACCAGUAUUGCUUGCACUUUGUAAAAAAAUAAUAUUAUAUAUCAAAGUUAAAUUCUGAAAAUAAUAAUGCUGAUUUCAAAUGGAGCAAGUGGUAGCUCUGUUGAGAGUGGCAGUUUAUUGAUAACAUCAAGCAGGUGCUUCUGGAAACUUAGAAUAUUGUGAUUAUGGUUCUUCAUUUUGUUCCUGACGUGGAUUUCAACAUAAAACUAUAUUGUUUGUAAUUACAAAGGUUACAUUUUGCACAAUUGAGUAACAAUUAUAAGCCUGCAAAUGCAACCAUCUCUAUCAUUGGUUUGAAAAGAAAGCUGAGACUGAAUGAGGCUCUGGCUCUGUGAUGUAAAAAACAUUAUCCAAUUUAUUUAUUAGUUCAAUUUAUGUGCUGCCUUUCUCCGGAGACUCAGGGGCGGCUAUUCCAAGAAUUACAAAAAUAUGUUAUUUGGUGAUGAUGAGGGAGGGAGGGAAGAGGCAAUAUAAAGCUGCUAUGGUUAAUAUUUUUUAAUUCUAUUCUUUGUAAUACCCAGAAUGAUUUUACCCAGCUAGCAGGGCACUGUAGUCCUUCAUACAUGUUACAACUGCAAUGGAAAGGAAGAAGUAUGCAAUAUAUUAACCCCAAGACAUUAAUACUUGCCCAUAUGUUAUGGGCCUUGAUAGUAAAAAUGUACAGUUGACCAGUGGUAAUUGCAAUUUGCUUAAUACAAAACGGGCUUCUCUCUUCAGAUUCAUAUGUUGCCAAGCUUCACUCAGACGCCUCAAAUUCUUCAUUUACAGAAUAAAUACUGUAUAGCAUUUCAGUAAAAAUACUACUUCUCUUCCUCCCAAAUGUCUUAAUUAUCGAUAAGCAUAAUAAAUGAGAGCAAUUAUUAUCAACAAUGAACUUGAGUAUAAGGUAAUUAAUAUAUUGUUAAUAUGUGCUAGUCUGUGCUUUAGUUUAUAUAUUAAUUAUUUGAUCAGUCACUUUGUACAUAAUAUUGAAUGAUAAAAAAAAUACACUGGAAUAGCCCAAAAGUAGUAGCAAAAGGGAUCAAGUUUAAUAAGAUCAAGUUUAAUAACAAACCUGAAAAUACAUUUGCCAGAAGAGAAAAAUAAGUACAACAUCUGUCCAAUUUGCUUAUCACAACAUUAGUUUGGUUAUGUUUCUUGCCCUUGAAUGUACUAUUACUAAAUUAUUUUUUUACAAUUAUUCUUGCUUUGGGCUACCCCUGUCCAAAUCUGAUCUUGUGACAGAUAAAUACCUCCCUUCCAUUGUUAACAUAGAAGCAAGUGAUUUAGAGAAAAAUAGGUUCAUGACAUCAGAUUGUACAAUCAAAACACCUGAAAGAAUAAGAGUGGGAUUUAGGUUUCCUGUAUGUAUGGAUUUCUGCAGAAUGUCUUUUGAAGAAUUAAAAAUUUGACAGGAGAUAAGCUUUUGAAAAUUGAUAAAAGACUACUAUCAGAUAUUUUAUUAUUCAAUUGCAUUGUUAAAAUGUAUUAAAUAUAAUUGCAUCAAAGGAUAGCUUCAUAGCACUGCCAAACCGGGAUCCUAUAAUAAUCUGGCAGGUAAAUAUAAUUUGUGAUCUCUGAACUAUAAUCAGUUUUAUUAGAUAUAUAAUUUAUUUAUAUAUCCAGAUUUAGAUGCAGCUGGAAGAAAAAUCUAAAUUAAGACAAUAAUAAAAUUACGAGAAAGCUACCAAGGGAUGUUCUAGUUUGCAAGAAAAAUAAUAAGGGAUCAGGUUCUGGAUUGCCAUUUAAAGUACAGGUUGAAAAUGAAAAAUAUAGAUACUAUUGUUUUGAAGGAAAUUCCAGUCAGGAUUUUGAGAAAAAUACUGAUAUCCUGAAGCAGAGAAAAAUGUUAUUCCGUUGGGAUAGAUUGGAAAGGGUGAUGCUUACCUACUGUGAGCAAAGAUUUAGGCUUAAUUCCAUAGAGAAAGCUAAGGAUUUAUUGGUCAGAUAUAAGUUAAUUCCAGAUCCAUGUGGAAAAGUAGGCAUGGAAAAGAAGUUAGUGGUCGAGCAAGACCCAAAAAAGUGGUUGAGCAAGACCUUAAAGUUGGCAUUGAAGAAAAAGUCAUGGCAGAGAUACGAAGAAAGAAAGAAGAAGAUGCGGCCAAGGUAGUUGUACAGGAAUCUACUAUGGUGCUUAAAGAUGGAGAUUAAGUCUAUCACGUGGAAUAUCAAUGGAGCAAAUGCUGCAUCUAAGCCAGGGAUGGUAUUCACUUACCUUCACUAACGGUUUGCAAAUGUGAGCGUGUGUGCCUCCUCCAUGCAUGUGCAGAGCCUUCUGCACAUGUGCAGAGGGUCAAAAAUGGGACGUGAUGACAUCCGGGGAGUGGACGGAGCUUCCCGCAGCUGGCACUACCGGAUCAUACAGUCUGGAUAGAACCGGCUGAAUUUCACCACUGAUCUAAGCGUAAACAAUUAUUUCACUAUUUGAGGAAACUUAAUUUGGACAUAGUCUGUCUUCAAGAAACACAUAUUAAGAAACAAGGCAAGAAAUACCCUGUUUCCCCCAAAAUAAGACAUCCCCUGAUAAUAAGCCCAAUCGGGCUUUUGAGCGCAUGGCAAUAAAGCCAAGCACUUAUUUCAGGGUUCAAAAAAAUAUAAGACAGGGUCUUAUUUUCAGGGAAACACGGUAUUUAUAAACAAUUAGGAGAAGAAAUUAUAUCAGCUGGUGUAAAAAAGAUUAAUGGAAUUGUUUUAUAUAUAAAACCCCAAUUCAAACCUAAAUUACUUAAGCAGAUGAUCAUGGUGGAUUUAUAGCAGUGGGAAUAGAAAUUAAUGGGAUUAAAACAAUAGUGGUGGGAGUGUACAGGCCAGAUGAUGAUAGAAGCAAUUUUUUUCGAUCAUCUAAUUAUAGAUCAGUUGCUGCCUUUUUCGUAUGGAAGGGAUAAAACCGAUUUAGGAAAAAGGGGGAAAUAUAUUUGUCAUAAGCUGCCUUUGCAUGACAUACUGAACCACAAACUAGCCAGUCAUAUUUAGCCUAGUGAAUAAUACAAACCUAGCCUACUUGCCCAAUUUAGCUUAAUGAAUUAUGUACAUAUAAGAAAUUUGGUUGAGUAAACUAUGGGUAACUUUACCUCAGUGUUUUCUGUGAACACAGUCAUAAACUAAUCAGUGAGUAAUAUAUAUUAGGAUAUGCAUUCAUAGUAGUUCCUUAGUUUAUACACUUGUGAACAAUUUAUAAACAUAUCAAACAGUGGUGUUUCAAAUAAAAAUCUCAGUGACAUCUACUGCAGUGUGAUAUUUUCAACCAAUGUGGGGCAGUAGUUGUUUAAAUCUUUAUUAAUAUGUGAUUAUUGUGCCUAUAAACACGCUUUGUUUUUUCUGGAGUAGUAGAAUAUGAACUAAUAAAAUGGGGGGGGGGAGGAUAGCUAAAAUAUCAGAAUACAGCCUAUGUAAAAGAACUGUCCUAGGAAUUUGUAAACCUAGAGCUCUCUCAGCCCUGAAACAUGGGUAAAUGCAACACAUACUGUACAGAAAAAUAUUGACUGCUAAAUUGUAUUUGAAAAAAUAAUCAUGUGAUUACUUUUCAGAAUUCAGCUAAGACUGCCUGCAUAAAAAUGAUCCCUUUAGAUAUUUUUCUGUGUCUAAAAGUUUUUGUACAACUAUUACAAUUUUUAAAUCUAAAGCUAUUAAAUGUGUUCAUAAACAUGCC